CAUUUUAAGUUUCACUUUAUCUCGGUCUGUGUCACUACGUGCGUCUCGGCGAAGUGGUGAAACGCAUACUAAAGAUUUAAUAUACCAUUUAAUAAAAUUUAUCUUUUAAUUAAGCAUUUUGUACAUAUUAAGGAGAAAAGUUCAUUUUUAAUCAAGUUAUAGAAUUGGGUAUUAUGCAAAUGCAAGCAAUGAAUCAUUACGGAAACAGAGGAUUUGGAGGGCCACCUCAACCUCAGAGGCAGGGUGGACGACGUGGUAAUAAUAGAGGCGGCUUUCGGAACAACUCGAGGUUUGAACAUAAUCAAAGAAAUCACAAUCAGCAAGGAGGUCAACGUCCGAAUAAUGAGCCACCUAAACCGGUUCAACAAGAUAAACCACAACAACCCCCACCUGCACAAACUCCAAAGGAAAAGGAGAUUGUACCGCAACCAAACCAACAAGUACAGCCACCACAACAGAAGCAACAGCAAACACAACAACAACAACAACCGCAACAACAACAACAACAACAGAACAAGCCACAGCCCCAGCAACCACAACAACAGCAACAACCACCAAAACCAAUGCAAACUAAUACAUUGAAUCAAGAUUCUAAAGAUAAUGUGGAUAAGAGUAUAACAAAUGAGCCAAAGAACCAAAAUAAUCAACAACCAUUCCAAAAGAAUGUCAAUGGGAACUUUGGUGGCCCAAAUAAGCAAGGUGGUACCUGGAGCCAAGGUAAUCCUGCAAACAAAAUGGGUGGUAACUUUGGUAAUCGAGGCCCAAGAGACUUUGGACCAAAGGGACCAGGAGGCCCAGGAGGUCCAGGAAUGGGAGGGCCAGGCCAUCAAGGGGGGCCAGGGCCUAUGCGUAACCAACAGAGGAAUAACAGCCGGGCUGGUCAACAUGAUGGGGGCAAAACAGUGCAAAGAGAGUUUGUCCAGGAACAAAUGUUAGCCAACAAAUUGAAAGAACUAAUGGGCCCAUUGACUGAUUUGCCAACAAUUGAACAAACUGAGGUCAAAUUUAAUGGAAGGAGUAGAUUAUACAUUGGUAAUCUUAGCAAUGAUGUAUCAGAAGAAGAGAUACUGAAUAUGUUCGGACAAUUUGGAGAAACGGCUGAAUUAUUUAUUAACAAAGAUAAAAACUUUGGAUUUAUUAAAAUGGACUACAGAGUUAAUGCAGAGAAAGCCAAGCGGGAAUUAGAUGGUAAAAUGAAGAAUGGCAGAGCGAUGCGCGUUAGGUUUGCGCCUCAUAACAGUGCGGUCCGCGUAAAGAAUUUACCGCCGUUUGUUUCUAAUGAACUUCUGUAUAAGGCAUUUGAAAUUUUCGGCAAAAUUGAAAGAGCGUUCGUGAGAGUAGAUGAAAGAGGAAAGACAUUAGGAGAAGGCAUUGUAGAGUUUGCGCGUAAACCCAGUGCAUUGGCGGCAAUUAGGAAUUGCUCUGAGAAGUGCUUCUUCCUCACGUCGUCGCUACGCCCAGUUAUUGUAGAAAAUUUAGAAGAGCCAGAUGAAUUUGAUGGUUACCCAGAAAAGAAUAUUCCCAAGAAGCACCCAGAAUUCUUAAAAGCGCGUGAGAUGGGCCCACGAUUUUCUGAAGCGGGCAGUUUUGAGCAUGAGUAUGGUACAAGAUGGAAGCAGUUACAUGAGCUUCACAAACAAAAAGAAGAGGCUCUUAAAAAAGAAUUGGCUGCAGAGGAGGAGAAGCUUGAAGCACAAAUGGAAUAUGCUAAGUACGAGCACGAGACGGAGCUGCUGCGCGAGCAGCUGCGCGCGCGCGAGCAGGACCGCGAGCGGCAGAAGCGCAGCUGGGAGAUGGCGGAGCGCGCGGCGGACGAGCGGCGCGAGGCGGAGCGCGCGCAGCUGCUGCGCCACGAGGAGGAGCUGGCGCAGCGCAUGCGCCACCAGGACGACGAGCUGCGCCGCCGCCAGCAGGAGAACACGCUCUUCGUGCAGGCACAAAGGCUGAAUUCAAUGCUGGACCGUCAAGAACAAGGCAUGUUUGAUCAUCAGCAACCAAUGGACGGAGGCUUCAGAGAGCAGUACGACAUGCAACGUGGAGGUUAUGACGACAUGCCGCAGAACCGUGUUUGGGAAGGACGCCAAAUGGACGAUUAUCCGAAUAAACGUCGUCGUUUCUAAAUAUUUUUACUAUAAUCACGACACACGUCUGUGCGAAGGCACUCUCUCGUUUGUUAGGGAAGUUUUAGUUAGGAACAAAUAAGGGGUGACAAUUUUAUCUAUAAUUAUAUAAUUAGAAUUACUAUUUUAAACUAAUUAACUCGGUCCCAUUAUUUGCACUAACCUAAGGCUUCACUACAAACCAUAUUAAAAUAAUUUAGGCAAUCUAAGCAAUUAAGCACUAAAACUUAUUAUAGAAUUUAUACUUAAAAUUAAUUAUCAAAAUUAGAAAAAAACAUAGUACGAUAAUUAAUUACAAGGUUUUUAGCUCUAAAUCCCGUUUCUUAAUCAAGCCAAAUAUUAAAAUGUCGCAGUUUUUACACGCAACUUCAUACUUCGUUAUCUAAACACACUGUCCUGUUAUCCAGUAUCGUAUCAUUGUAUUCUAUUUAUUACAAAAACUGUUAUAUACAAACUGAAAUCACUUUCUUACUUGGUAGUCAUUAUUUUGGGUAUUUUCACAAGAUGGGUUCUACAAAUUUUAAUAGAAUGUUCAUCAAAUUAGGCUUUAUCAUAAUCAUAGAAAAUAAUCUGUUCACUUAAAAGUAUUGCGAACAAAAACUUUCAACAUGGUCUAGCCUUAAUUCAUUAAAAUAAAUUGACCGAUGUGGCACAUGCGUUAAAAAUAAUUUUCGCAGGAUUUCUAAUACAAUUUAUUUCAUACAAUUUAUUCCGAUAAAUUUGUAACGUAAGAUCAUCGUAGACUCUAGUGUAGACAUAAGAGUUUUGCAGUUUGAAUGAUUUGAGUAUAAGUGAAAAGAAAUUUAAUUGUGAGAUUUAGGAUUGAGUGAAAGAUUUAAGAUUUAGAGAAUAUUUAUUUGAGUACACUGAAUUACUAUGUAAUUUGUUUUUUUGCGUAAUUAAUAAAUAACUUUACUAUAUACAUA